CUAGUAUGUAUAAACAUUACUCAUAACCUUGGUGACACGAGGACAAGGUAUAUAAGUCAGAGAAAUUUCAAGUUUCAACAUUCACUUUCAUUCGUCGUGUUUUUCUCCGGGUAUCUUCACUGUUAACCCUUUAAACUUUCAACAUGAGAGAAAUCGUUCAUAUGCAAACUGGCCAAUGUGGCAACCAGAUCGGAGCUAAGUUCUGGGAAGUAAUCUCUGAUGAACAUGGUAUCGACCCAACUGGAGCUUACCACGGUGAUUCUGAUCUUCAGUUGGAGAGAAUCAACGUUUAUUAUAAUGAAGCUACAGGAGGAAAAUAUGUACCCAGAGCUGUUCUUGUCGAUUUGGAACCUGGUACCAUGGAUUCUGUACGAUCAGGUCCUUUUGGUCAGAUCUUCCGUCCAGAUAAUUUUGUCUUUGGUCAGAGUGGUGCUGGUAAUAACUGGGCUAAAGGUCAUUAUACAGAAGGUGCCGAGUUGGUUGAUUCUGUUCUAGAUGUGGUCCGUAAAGAAGCUGAAAGCUGUGAUUGUCUACAGGGAUUCCAGUUGACCCAUUCCCUUGGUGGUGGAACUGGUUCUGGUAUGGGAACCCUCCUCAUCAGUAAAAUCCGUGAAGAAUAUCCAGACAGAAUCAUGAACACCUUCUCUGUCUGUCCUUCACCUAAGGUAUCUGAUACAGUUGUAGAACCGUACAACGCUACUCUCUCAGUUCAUCAACUUGUAAAAAUACAGACGAGACCUACUGUAUUGAUAACGAGGCUCUCUAUGAUAUCUGUUUCCGUACCCUCAAACUGACCACCCCUACAUACGGUGACCUCAAUCAUCUGGUGUCAGCCACCAUGUCUGGAGUGACCACCUGUCUGCGAUUCCCUGGUCAAUUGAAUGCUGAUCUACGUAAACUGGCUGUAAACAUGGUACCUUUCC